AUGGCUCCUCCAACGCAGACCUUCAACCUCGAUGUUGAGGCAAUCUCGGGCAUUUGCGGAUCCAUCUCCAUAGCCUGUUGGGUGGUCGUUUUCUCUCCGCAAAUCAUACAAAACUUCCAACGCAGCAGCGCCGACGCUCUUUCGAUUCAAUUCAUCAUUGCUUGGCUCCUGGGAGAUGUCUUCAAUAUCCUCGGAGCCGUUUUGCAGGGAGUUCUCCCCACCAUGAUCAUCCUAGCCAUCUACUACACCAUUGCCGAUCUCGUACUCCUCUGUCAGCUGUUUUACUAUCGCGGAUUUACGUGGCGCGACGAGCCGACUCCAUCCCCGCCCAAGACAAAUGGCCACUCUUCGACAUCGGCGGCCGCUCCUGCCCCUGUGGAUGAAUACACUGCCCUUAUUGCCAGAGUAGAGCACCAUGGCCAUCACCGAGAUCACCAUGGCCGGCGUGGUUCGGAUUGGUCUGGCUUCUCGCCAGCAGUGCCGCAUCUUCUCGAGCCACCGACCACUCCGCAGCCACCGCCGACUGCCUUCCAAACCAUUGUCUGGAAUUCAGUUGUCAUAAUUAUGGUAUGCGCCGCUGGAGUCGCAGGAUGGUUCUUGGGCGAAAGGGCCUCUGGCGACAAGAAAUCUCCCGCUGACGGCGGCGAUAACUCUCUCGAGUUCAACACUUUGGGUCAGGUGUUUGGAUAUAUCUGCGCGGUUCUUUACAUUGCUUCUCGACUGCCACAGCUUAUUCUCAACUGGAGACGCAAGACGACUGAAGGCCUUAGCAUGCUCUUCUUCUUGUUUGCCUGUCUUGGAAAUGCAACCUAUGUCCUGUCCAUUAUUGUCUGGUUGGCCGGCAGCGCCAUUACCCUUUUGAUGGAUUUUGGUGUUUUUGCCCAGUACUUUAUGUACAGGACGGAAGAAGAAAGCGACGAAGAAGAAGUCCGCCCCGAAGACGACACCAGCGCCAUUGACGAGUCUUAUGAUAACAGACCAUUGCUUGAUCGAGGCUGA